UCGCAUCGAAGGUGCUGCUACAAGUUCUAGUCUGGUCUAUUGUCGUACAUCGCCCUGCAUCGCCUGCCUGAGCUGUUGCCGGCUAGCUAUGCUUUUCCCACUGGCAUCGGAGUCAUUCCAGACCAUCACCGCUCAUACUCUCAUCUCACAGGCUCACCUCGGCGCACUUCUAUUCUACGCCACUACCUAUGUCUACAGUGCGAAUGCUAAUGUGCAGACACCAUUCGCGUUACCAGUCAUCGAUGAGAAGUCUGCUCUGACUAUCAACGACUUCAUAUCUGACAUUAGUCUCGGAGGACUAUCACUUUCCCAAGAUGGUUCUCGUGUGGCGUAUCACGCAGGCCCGCAAUACAGGGCAGGGCCCUCCCCCUCGUCUUCUAUAUGGAUCGCGGAUACUUCGCUGGAAGACAGCACGACGCAAGUUACUUUCGGUUCGUUCCAUGAUCAUAGCCCCCAGUUUCCUGGGCCCAACAGCGACGUGUUGUACUUCCUAUCCGAUCGACAUGCGCCUGGCCAAGCCAACGAUAUAUUCCGUCUCCUGGUCUCUGGACCCCUCGACGAGUCUACGAACCUUCUCCCGGUUGCUGUCACUUCUACCCAAUUCGAUGGCGAUGUUUUAGACUUUGCGGUCUCUCCUGAUGCCCAACUGCUCGCUUUUGUGAGUGUUGAGGUGGAUGACAACGACCAGUCCGGUAUGCCGGAGGCCUGGAAUGAUAAGAAGGAGCUGGGUCGUUUGCUCCUCUUGAACCUCACAGACCCUGCCGCUAGCCCACGCACACUCGUCUCCCUUGACGAGAAUGUUGCCUCCUUUUCUUGGAGCCCGGACAGUUCUCAUAUCGUCUACCGGACUACCAGGCACCCCGCACUCGAAUAUCACUAUCUUGCUGGCUCAGACCACAUCGUAUCUGUCCUCGACGGUUCGUCGAAACUCUUACGCGACUGGCCAAAUCCCCCGCAGAUGCCUGCGAUCUGGACACAAAAUGACACAUUUCUCUACCAUCAUGGUUACGUCCUUGACCGUCACUCCUCAUCCGGUGCUCUAUGGCGUCUGUCAGCUUCUGACGAUCGCUUCGAGCGCAUCGCGUUCGGGGAAUCCGACGACUUGGUUCAAAUGCGCAGCGUGGGGUCUACCUCCCAGAUAGCCGUUGAGGUCGCCUUCGGGCUCAACACACGCAUCUCAAUCAUGGACUCGUCCUCGGACCAGGAAUCUAUCCUGUUUCAAACCGAAGAGGACGCGAUUUUGUCAUGGGAUGUGAAGCUUACUGAUUUGGCGGUAGAAGAAUACACAUUCGUCGCCCUCCGUAGCUCAGGUAUCCGCGGGGAGCCUGAGGAAGUUUGGGCUGGUUUGACGGCGGGAGGGAAGGAGGGAAAGCUCACCACGAGGCUUUCGGCGCAUAGGCAAUGGGUCUCGGAGAAGCAGCUUCCUGUUAUGCGGCCCUUCAACUGGACUGGCGUAGAUGGGGAGAUCUUGGAAGGACUAGCGCUAUAUCCACCGGCUGGACCUUCCUCGAACCUCCCCACCGUCAUCAAACCGCACGGAGGCCCGUAUUCACGCGAUGUACCCGGACUUGCCUUUGACUACAUGGCAUGGCAUAUUUCCCUCGCCUCACAAGGUUGCUUAGUUCUCAUGCCGAACUAUCGAGGCAGCAUGGGACGCGGAGACGCAUUCGCAGGUAACGCAAACGGAGGGAUGGGUACUCUGGACUGGGCAGACACCAAAACAAUGCUGGACGAAGCAGUCUUGCUGGGCAUCGCUGACCCGUCCAGACUUGCCAUAGCUGGAAAAUCGCAAGGAGGUUUUCUCACCGCUUGGGGAGUCACACGUCCCGACAGUCUUUUCAAGGCGGGGAUCAUGAUCGACGGCGUUUCUGACUGGGGAAGCUUGGUUCUGUCGUCAGACCUCCCGGAUUUCGAGGCUGACCUUGCAGGUGGUGCUCCUUGGAACGAAAGUACGACCCACUUCCUCAGCGGUAGUCCUAUCCGCGAAGCUAAGAACGUCAAAGCUCAUCUCCUCAUCAUUCACGGCAAAGAGGACAAGCGGACUCCUCUUUCGCAGGCGGUCGGUUUCUUCCGUGGUAUUCUACGUGAAUCGGCAUACCCAGAGAGGGUCGAGAUGGUUAUGUAUCCGAAUGAAGGGCAUACUUUCCAAGAGAAGGAUCAUGCGCGAGACGUGAUGGAACGAGUUUUGGCCCACUUUACGAAGUAUCUUCUGUGAUUAAGGAUGGUGAAUCCGACAGGGGAUGGUGUGUGAGUAAGGGAAUGUAUGUUUGCCUCGAUCUUCUAUCUUAUUCUUCAU